CGUCUCCUUCUGAAAUACGAUGCCGCUGAAUAUUUGGCGGUUAAAUUUUCAAAGCCCGUGUGACAGGAUUAACCUAUGACUGAUCUGACAGAUUAUUUUCACGAUGCUGGGCACCGCCGGAAUAACUGCCGUACACGUUAAAAAAUUGGGCCACACUAUCGACGAGAUACGUCUGCGAGCUUUGGAUAAUAUUAUUUCCAAGUAUGAUUUAGGUUUCGCGUGUGAUUGCGACGCUGUCAAAAAGGAGAUAAUCCAAAAACUGUUCAAUUGGUUCUCGUUCGAGACUGUGCCACAGCCGGAGAAAGUACUGAAUUUGUUAUUGCGACUGCUAAAGGCAGAUGCAAGGAAUUACUUGAAUGCAUUUGGCAAAUUAAAGUUCCAAAAUGAGCUUUAUGAAUUAAGGAGAAAUCUAUCCCCUGAAUGGUACGCAAAAUUAGAUAAAAUUGAACAAGCUGUUCUGCAUUUAGAAAAGAGUCGGGAUAUUACCACAACAUGUUCAGAAUUUGAUAGACAUAGAAUACAAACACAAGAUCACAUUAGAUACAGGAAUAAGGACUAUGAAAGGGAAGACUAUGAUGACUUGAAUGAGAUUUUAAAUCUUCCGUCUAUCUUAGACAAUACUGUGCCAUUUGAUAUAACGUUGGAGCGCGAGAAUGGCACACGAGUUUCUAAAACGGUAGAGGGUGGUAUUAAAUGGCUAGUAAUGCCAUGGCAGCCAUUGGUUACGUCGGACAGAGGCGUACUUACAGCAGUUGAAGAGGCUCUUAAUAAUACUGUCGAUAUCAAUCAUAUAUUACACACAUGUCAGUUUAUAACGAACGUUAUGAUGCAAGAUUUUCCAGCAGAAGUUUUCCUUCAGCGGCCCGCAAUAAUUACGAUACUUCAUGGUCUUCUUAAAUCGAGCGUUAACAUGUCAGAAACUAAUGUCGCGUGUAUAGUUCCAACCGUGUUAAAAACCUUACGUAAACUAACUCGUUCUCUAAGGUUCCGCAUUUAUUAUUACUGCGAACCGUGUGUGGCGAAUAAAAAACAAAAGCUAUUGGGCGGCAAGUUAGACAACAACGUUUACACAUCCUCGGAAGGUGGAGAUGGUCCAGAUAACGGCGUACCUGAAGCGAACUAUCAAGCAUAUCAAUCGGCAGGGACUAGCGACAGAAGUCAAAGUAUCAGUGAAAACGUCGACGAUUCUGUCUUGCAGUUGCAGCAGAUGCUUCUGCCGGCUUAUUGUAUAGAAUCUCUGAAACACGUUCUCACCCAGUUGAGCAUUCCUAUCAAUUCCAUAUUUCCUCUACGAAACAUCAAAUACGUCACAGAUCUGACGCAUGAGUUGGUGCAACUGUUAACAAUUUGCGUGAUGCCGAAUAUCUGGCUCUGCAACGACGGUACGGCAUUGAAGAUAAACGAUGAUUUGAAAGCGCUAUUCAGUUUAAUGGGGGAGGUGAUGGAGUACUUUGGGAGCUGCAGUAAUGUAGAUCAUUUGAGGAUAACGUACUUGUACCUUACUACCAUUAUCAUGAGAUUGUUGAGCAGUAUCGUGCCAUUAGAGCUGGCGGAUGCUGUUAUACCGAACGCUUUGAAGGCAUCAAUAACAAAUGCCGUGAUGGAUCCACCGAUAUAUCUGCUGUAUCCGGCGUUGCAUUCCAUACUCUUGGAAUACGCUCGCACAUUUCAAGAUGCUGAUCAGGUAGCAUUGACAAAAUUAUUCGACGAAACUAGAACCGUCGCGAAAUCCAUGCAGUCGGCUAUCUGUAUAUUGAAAAACUCAUCGGAGCAAUCGCCCUCGGAAACGCUAAGAAUGUUACACGCGUCCAAAUUGAGUCUGUCGUAUCACAAGAAUUUAACGGUCGUUAAGACGGCUGUAAAAUUUUUACAAGACAUCCCGAAGUAUUCUUUAAGUGACGAGGACCGCGCGCUGGCAACGAAGCUGAUAUUGAAUUUACUAGCGAAUGCAGACGUAGACGUUCGGUACACCACAUAUGUCGAAUGCCACGCUCUGAUCAAGAGUGUUCUGGGAGUAGAGUAUAAUAAACUACCGUGGGAAAGUUUGACGUUCCUACUCGAGCCGAAUGUCUUGACGGAAAUUAUUUCUCAUGGCGCAACCAGCGAGGACAGCAGGAUAAACGAGAUGUCGAGAGACAUGCUGGUGUUUAUACUGAAAGGAAAAAUACAAAUGGGCGAAACUGGAUGGUUGAAAGCUCUGGAAGCUCUCGUUCCUGUAUUGUACCUUUUACAGUGCCACGCUGAUACCCACACACCCUUAGGGCAGUGUGUAACUAAAAUAUUUGAUCCUGACAUUUCUAAUAAUAUACAGUUGCCUUUUCUUGAGAUGUUAAAAGGCAAUUUAAGAUUUCUCUAUUCACCAGACAACGAUAUUCGGGAAGAAGCGUUGUGUCGAUUAAUCUGGCUCCUUGGAAAGGAAAAGGAUUCUGUUCAGAAAUUGCCACGCUUGUCGUCUUUGCACGGCUUGCCUCUUAGUUCACUCUGCAUAUUUGAGCGUAAAAACUUCGUUAAGCGAUCAGAAGGCAAUUAUCAGAGGAGCAAUAUGUUAUCGGUAUUGGAAAUGUUGAACGAACCAAACGUCGAUCCGAAAAUUCGGAAAUCUGCAUUAGUACAAAUUAGCGUGAUGCUUUCCGACACUUCCUUGCACAAAUUGUUCAUUAAUCAAGGUGGUCUGCCUUUGAUUUUGGAUAUUUUCAAUAAAGCCCUGAUAGAGAAGGAUUAUGUAAAUUAUCCAGAUUCUGUGAUACCGAUAAUCGGCAUAUUAAAACUACUCGCAUUUUUUGAAUGUACUAUACGACACGAGUUAUCUCUCAACAUUGAUGUUUUUUUUAAUAUCGUAAGAAGUCUCUUUUUGUUUCCAAACAAUGAGUGUGUAAAAUCCGAUGGUGCGCAACUAUUGUGUUUACUACUUUAUGGUGAAUAUAUCAUAAGAGUUAACGAAAAAGAUGUGGAAAACAAUAUUGCGUCACAUAUCUCGUUGCCGUACAUUGUUGUGUCAAAUAUGAAACUACCGUUUGUGUGCAAAUCUCAUUGGAAGACAAGCAUGCAUAGGCGAUCUGAUGUCUCAUUACUUCAUGGCAGCAAUCCAGUAGUCUUAACUUUCCUUAGACAGUAUUGGGCCUGGGAAUGGAACGGCGGCGUGAACGUGUUAUGGAAAUGCUUGGGUGACUUAAAUGACUCCGAAAUUGCACAGAAAUUGAUGAUUCUUGAAAAGGAUCUUCUUUCUUUACGAUGCAGCUUUCCUCAGUAUUGUUGUCAACAUCAACUCUAUAAUAUUCAAAAUUCUACCAUGCACUAUAGCGUUAUAUGCGCGCUAGAUUACCUCACAAUGUAUUUAAAAUUUUACAAAGUACUUCAACAUAAUGAAGAGAGAGACAUCGAGUCGCUGCCAUGGGAACAAACGUUCGAGCGAUUUUUAUUAUCUCAUCCCACAAGUAAAGAGGACUGCGACUUAUUUGUAGAUGUUCUCAUUUUUCUACAAUUGUAUUUAAAUGUCGCGAAGAAAGGAAAAGGUUCGUGGAUCAGUAGAAUUAUGAAAAACAUGACGAGGUCGCUGGCGGAUUUAUUUAAGAACUUAGAAGUUGACAAUCAGAAUGUACAUCAAUCUUUACUCAAAUUAGUACGCACGUGUUCAGCGAUUGAAAAAAUGCAGAAAUCUAACGACGAACCGAAGAACACCUGGAUCCGAUUCGUAGAGUUCGUUGUUUCAACAUUAUGUUUCGGAGAUCAGCAACAUUUCUACAAUCUUGCAUAUCUCGAUUCGUUGCUAACGUGUUUGACGUAUCUGAUCGGGCAGUGCGAAUGGAGAAAUCAUAAGAAUCUAUUAUUGUCUCUUUGCAACACGCUCAUCGAGCCGAUCGUGUCCUUUCAUGGCGCUGGUACUGUCAGUUUUAUGGGAUUAUCAAUAACAAGAAACUCGAUAAUAUGUCUUAAUCACUUGUUGCAUCAAAUGCAAGUCAAUUUUAAUAAAAAUUCGUGGAUAGUGUUUUGGUGCGAAGAAGGCCGCUCGUUAAAUUGGCUACCCAUGCUGUGGCAAAACAGAGAUCCUUUGGUUCGCGCUUCGGCUUUACAAUUAUUGGCAGGUCUGAUGAACACAGUGCACACUGCGUCGCAGCUCUUCAACGCAAUCGCCAUGGCACCGAGCGACUUGUGUCACACGUUGCUUCAGUGCAUCACAAGCAGGGAUGAGGCUUGUUUAGUGAGAGAGCAAGCGUGUAUCGCAUUUUGCAACAUGCUCAAGAAUUGCAACUCGAUGACUUUUCAAUGCGAUGAUUUUUUACAACCACAAGCUAUCUUGAUGCAAGUCGAACAAGGCAAUAUCUAUCACGAAAUCAGCGUUCUGUGUUCCGAUAUCUAUACGUUGACCACUUUAGAUGCGGAACAGUCAGAAUGUCAAGGGAACGACGGCAAAGCAGUCACUGUGCAAAGUUUGCAAUCUAGUUGCGUUUCAUUGGUACCGCGCACCGUAUCGCACUUAUACAAUUGUCAGGAUGAAUUACAACUAUUUUCCGGCAGAGUUUCGGAAAUAACGGAUGUGGACAAUUCUAUACAAUCAAUAGCAACGCCUUCGCUUAUCACGGCUGCUUGUAACUUAUUGAACAACUUAAUAUUCAUCGGACAACACGAGGUGGUGCGGCAAGUCUACGAAUAUUCCAUCGAUAAAUAUUUAUUUGGGUGUCUGAAUGAGAUUCCGAAGGAUACUAGAAGCAGGAAGAGUUUGAGUCAUUAUUCUGACACACUGGAGAUGUAUAUCAGCAUCUGCACAGUUUUAACAAAUUGCAUCACGUAUAGCAACGAGUACGCAGCCGUCGUACUUUUCUCCCCGGAUUCGCUCUAUACUGUGUUUUGCUACUUAAAUAUCGAUUUAUACCAGUCUACUGAACCGCGUCUGAUAUAUCUACGCAACAGACUCUGGACGGAGAUCUACAAUUUCGUGGCUAUGCUCUCGUUAACGGAGGACCAACACUUCGAGGCCAUUCAGAGCGCGUUAGACCUAUGCGGGCCCGAAACGGUCGUGGUUUCCAUUUGUUACGCGAUAAAGGACUCCGCGACGGAUCUGCGAAUGAGUGCCAUUAGCUUCUUAGCUUUCCUACUGUCCCACGAGAUUCAGAAAGAUUUCCUGGGAAGAAGCGGCACCUCUUUAUUGCAAACCGUGCUCGACACUAAUGUGGCAUGUGUCUCGAUCGAAAGCAAGGAUGAUGCUCUGCGAGAUGUCAUAUCGAGCGUCAAUAAAUUGUCAAUAAGAGACGCGAACGCGCAUUCCAGAAAGUCGAACGAGAGCGAGAUCGAUUUGCAUCCGAAAGACGGCAGGCUAUUGGAUCGAGGACAAAUUACCGUAGGCGGCGAAUUAUGCGAACUGUUGCUGCAUCUUUUUAUCGCUCACAGCUACGCAAAAUCCAAAAAGAGCAGCAAACAGUCGGAGGACAAAGAUCUCAUUGUGGGUGCCCUUACGAAUCUACUGUGCGUAUCGAAGAAGGCGAAACGAACGGCGCUACGGGGCAAUCUUCCUGAGACCGCGUUGAUGAUCCUAAAAGAAUUGUACGUCAAGUUGAAUCUUCAACCGUUCGAGCUGUAUAAGAAGCAAGCGGAAAAGAAGACUCAUCCUCUGUUGCACGACGUGAACUGUAUCUUCAUACUCCUGAUGAACUUUAUGUGCGGAGACGCGUGUGUUAAGGAAACCCUGACGAAGGAGGGCUUGGCGGACGUGGUGCACAAGUUGUGGGCUUGGAUCGCUUUAAAUAAAACAGUGUCAACGUCCGCGUUAAAAUUACUGGCGACGUUCACAACGAAAUGUAACGUUGCCGCGCAGUCCUUGACAUUGACGACGAUAUUACCGGGAAGUAGCUUGAGGAAAACGCCAAAUACGCUCGCGCUGAUACACGUGGUUACACAAGUAACGUGCAAGGAAAUCGAAAGAGCCGGUCAGAUUUUCGAUAAUCACAAGAUGCACUUCGCCUUCCACAUCCUGCGAAACGCGGUGCACGUUCACGAGUGCAGAGUCUGCAUUUCAAAGAGUAAUCUUCUUCAGCUUUUUACCAAGAUACAUCCCACUAUUACCAAAAGAACGAAACCAUGGCCAUUAGUGGAGAUGUAUUGCCUAGAGUUUCUAAUAGAUUUUACUUAUUACGAGGAAGGACAGUUAUGCGUGCCAAAGGCCACUGAUGCUCUGGACGUCCUAAUGCACCUAGCAAAAUGUCCUCCGACAGUGAACAAAGUUCUCGCAAUAUCGAUAUUACGCAAUUUGGCGUUCAAUGUAGCAAACCGACCUCGGCUUCUUAGUUCAGUGGAUUUCAUAAAUCUGCUGCACGACGUUUUUAAGAAUGGAUCGCCAUGCGAGAUCAGUCUAGCUGGAUCCAUGCUGUGGUCUCUCAUCAGCAAUAACCAAAAGGGAAAACUUAUCGCGCGAAGCGCCGGGUUCUCUCAGAGCAUUCGGGAGGCCCUCGGCAGAUUUACGUUGUCGAGUAUCGAUGCCAGUAAGCAGGAGCAGGAAUUAGUCAAGGUUCUGCAAUACGUGCUCACCAUUCUCAGUCCAAUCGAAGUAAAGGAUAGUGAUGCGCAGCUUAGCUGAUAUUCUGACGAGUGAUCAAAUGUUGUACAUACUUAUUUUCAAUUGACUUGUAAAAUAAUUCAAUGAUUGUAAUAUUGUUCAUGUAUGAAAUAUUGUGUAGUUAUGUAUUGUGGAGUACAUAUUUUAGAAAACUGCCACUUAAUACAAACUGUCAAUAUAUCAUAUUGUAUAAUUAUUUUUAA